AUGACUAACUCAGGAAGGGUCGUCAGGAAUAACGACUCUAUCCAGCUCAAGACUCUGGCACUAGUUUUGACGCGAGGGCUAGAUCUAUUACUGAGGACUACUUCCCCUGCCUUUGCACUGGCGCAUAGUUGGUUAGAAAUUGAUCAUGUAAUGGCGACAGCUGAGAAGAGACCAUCAAUUCUAUCGGCAUCUGCUAGGCCUCUAGUCAGGCCUGGUUAUGGUGGUGAAAGUGAAGUUUUGGCAAUAAAACCAAUUAGAAAACAAGAGUUGUUUCAGUUCAACAAAACUAGACCAAUCUUAUGCGAUCGAUCCCAUAAUUCCCAUGACACAUGUGAGAUCUUUGUUCCAACUGUAUUGGAACCAACCACCUCCACAUUCUUUGUAAUGGACCCAAUUGUCAAUAUGGUGGAAAAGAUUCGACCUUAUCCAAGAAAGCUAGAAAAGUCUACAAUGUCCAGAAUUAGAGAGCUAACUAUAGUGUCAGGCCCAAAAGGCCCGAGAUGUGAAGUCCAACACAAAGCCUCAGCGCUUGUAUUCAGUGCAGGCGGGUAUACUGGAAACUUCUUCCACGAGUUUAACGAUGGUUUCAUCCCACUUUAUAUUACUAUCAACUCCUUAUUCAACGGUGAAGAUGACAUCGUCCUAGUGAUAUCUAAAUCACGGGAUUGGUGGAUCAAUAAGUACUCAGAUUUGUUACAAAGUUUUAGCAAACACCCAAUUAUAAACUUAGACAAUGAUACAGCCACUCAUUGUUUUUCUUCUGCCAAACUAGGUCUUAUAACUCAUGGCUUCAUGACUAUACACCCAAAACUGAACCCCAAAUCACUAACCCUAUCUCAUUUUCGAGCAUUCUUAGAAAAAUCAUACACCAAGAAACUGAAUCAUCGUAGAAUAAGUGUUGAAAGAUCAUUGAUUCGACCUCAGCUUGUACUAGUGAGUCGACCUAGUGGUGCUGGACGAGUUCUCUUAAAUACUGACGAGGUAAAGAAAGAGGCAGAAAAUGUCGGAUUCGAUGUCAUCUUAUUUGAGCCAUCAGCUACAACAACAUUAAGUUCAACUUUUGAGAUGAUCAAUAUGAGCCAUGUAUUAGUUGGGGUCCAUGGAGCAGCAUUAACUCACUCAUUGUUUCUUCGACCUGGUUCAGUAUUUAUUCAAGUGGUACCACUUGGUGUUGGUUGGUUGGCUGAAGUCUGCUUUGGGAAUCCAGCAAGAGAUUUGGGGUUUAAAUACAUGGAGUACAGAAUUAGUUCCCAAGAAAGUAGUUUAGUGGAGAAAUAUAGAAAAGAAGAGAUGAUAAUCAAGGAUCCUGUGGCUUAUAGAGGCCAGAAUUGGUCAAAUGACAUAAUGGAGGUGUAUUUGAAAGAGCAAAAUAUUAGACUAGACUUAUUAAGGUUUAGAAAAUACUUAAAGAAAGCUUAUAAGAAAAGUAGAAGGAUAAUGGAGAAAGAAGGUAUGCAAAAUUAAGUCAAGUCAAAAUAAACCUUAAAAAAAAAGUCAAAACAAUAUUAUAAGAUUUGUAAUUUUGCAUUUAUAAAAAGUGUGUAAUAAUAGUCAAUAAAAGUAAGUAUGUAAUGAUAUUUAUAAUAUCAACAGAAUUUGUAAAUUGAUGAAUG